UGGUGCUGCGACGUAGAGGUUGGCUCCCCCGUCCACGACUCCGGCGGCCGAAGCCGGCGACGAAGCCCCAGCAGCUAGCACCCUCUCCAUUUCGUGCCCGCUCCGUCUUCGACCGUGCGUACUGACGGGGAUUCAGUACGUGCUAUGGAUCCUGUUACUAGUUCGGCCUCCCACCCAAGAAACGUAAGAGAAGAAAGAGAAAUGCCCGGCCGCGGCCGCCACCCAAGAAAUGACCGUCGCCGUCGCCGAAUCAUCUCACGCCACCUUACCCAAGUCCCGCGAAACUUCCCCCACGCCCUCGAACUGCCUCCUCAACACCUAAGCCUCCUUCCCUCUCGGCCUCGCCGCCGCGCGCCUUGUGUUCGACCAAAUGCCCCGCCAGGACGCCGCCUCCUGGAACUCCCUCCUCGCCGUGCAUCCCGCCUCCUUAGAGGCAUGCAUGCGCGGGGACUCGCUGCCAGUACCUUUUCCCUCGGCUCCGCUCUCGGCAAGCUGCCCUGCUCUCGGCACUCAGCUGCAAUUAUACUGAAGAUGGGAUCUGCGUUCAAAGCAUUGAACACCCAGGUUGCACAUGUGAUGCUAAAUUCUUGGAAACUGGAGAUGUUGUUAACUGCAUUUUCUGAUCGAAUUGUGAAGAUAUGGACAACCAGACAUAAUAGAUUCUGCACUGAUGAGGAACUUGCAGCUGAUACAGAUCUUAUUUCUCAGUAGACACUUUACAGGUUGGUUUCUAUUGCUUCCUGAAUUUUCCGUAUUUCUGUCAAGUUUUGACAUCUUAUGCUUAGAGUGACCGUCCUUGUCUCCUUGUUACCAUAUU